AUGGCUUCCUCCAUCAACUACUCAAUCCUUUUCUUGAUCAUAGCAUUAUUGUCCUUAUCAAGAAUCACUACAACACAUGCUGCUCGCGGCCUACUUCAACUUCCGAACUUGCCUACGAUCCCGUCAUUGCCUCAGCCAACAAUGCCACAGUUACCUACAAUUCCAAAUUUGCCAACUGCAGCUACAUUGCCACCAUUGCCAAGUGUACCAUCUUUGCCUACUUUGCCGGCUGUUCCGAAGAUGAGUCUGCCACCAAUGCCUGCUAUUAAUCCUAUUCCAAACAUGCCUUCACUUCCAACCAUUCCCAAUAUUCCCAAUAUGCCUAAACUUUCACCUCCUCCAUCCAAUUAA